AUGGAGUUUUGGGGUGUUGAGGUAAAAAGUGGGAAAUCACUCAAGGUUGAUCCAGAGGAAAACAAGAUUAUCCAUCUUUCAUCGGCAUGUCUGGGGGAGGUCAGCAAGGAUAAAGGGAAUGAACCAGUAUCCCUAUAUGUGAAGUUUGGUGAUAAGAAGGUUCAACUUGGAACACUAUCUUCAGAAAAAUUUCCUCAGACAUCUUAUGAUUUGGUAUUUGAGAAGGCAUUUAAGCUAUCCCAUAACUGGAAAUAUGGAAGUGUCUUCUUUACUGGAUAUAAAUUUGAAUCUGAGAGCGUGUCUGAUGAUGAGGAUGAAGAUUCUGAUGAUUUUGACGAGGAAGAUAUUCCUAUUAAUGCUGUUGCCAAUGGGAAACCUGAGACUGAGGUGAAGAGUGAUGCCAAACCCCGUGUUAAUGGAGUUGAACAAAAGAAAACAUCGGAUCCAAUAAAGAAUGAGAAGGAUCGUGAAAAGGAUGUUAGUAGUGAUCAAGAUGAAGAAGGAUCAUCUGAAUCUGACACUGAUGAGGAUUCUGGUGAAGAGAAGCCUGCCAUCAAUGGACAUAUUGGAAUUAGUGAAGAGGACGAUGAUAGCGAUGAGGACGAUGAUAGUGAUGAGGACGAUGAUUCUGAUGAUGAGGAGACACUGGUGAAGGCUGAAGGGAGCAGUAAGAGAGUUCGUGAAUCUUCAAAGAAAACUCCUGUAGCUGUGAAGAAGGCAAAGUUUGUUACUCCUGAGAAGACUAGUGGCCCUAGUGGUAGUGUCCAUGUUGAUACUCCUUACCCUAAGCAGGCUCUAAAAUCGGCUGCAAAUAACAAGCAGCAGACUCCAAAGUCAAAUGGGGAUUACAGCUGCAAACCUUGUAACAGGUCAUUUAAGACUGAAGAUGCCCUGGGUUCUCAUAAUAAGGCCAAGCACAGUGCCAAGUGA